AUGGGUUCAAGAAGAUACGAUAGUAGAACGACAAUUUUCUCUCCGGAAGGGAGACUUUAUCAGGUUGAAUAUGCUCUUGAAGCCAUAAGUCAUGCCGGUACUUCGAUCGGUGUACUUUCCAAUGAAGGUAUCGUUCUUGCUGCCGAGAAAAAAGUUACUUCAAAAUUGCUUGAGAAAGACUCUUCUGAAAAGAUGUAUGUCCUCAAUGAUCAAUGUGUCACCGCAGUGGCUGGGCUCAAUUCUGAUGCGGGGAUCUUGGUGAAUACCGCUAGAGUGUACGCCCAACAAUAUCUUGCCCGUUACAAUGAACCAGUGCCGAUUGAAGUGUUAGUUCAUCGUCUUUGUGACAUCAAGCAAGGUUAUACCCAAUAUGGUGGGUUGAGACCUUUUGGUGUGUCAUUUAUUUACGCUGGCUACGACGACCGUUACGGCUUCCAGUUAUACACUUCUAACCCAUCAGGUAACUAUAGUGGUUGGAAAGCCACCAGUGUCGGUGCUAAUAACUCUGCGGCCCAGACAUUAUUGAAGCAAGACUACAAGGAAGAUAUUAGUUUGAAGGAAGCCAAAGAAUUGGUGUUGAAGGUGUUAAGUAAGACUAUGGACAGUACAACAUUGACUAAAGGAAAGAUUGAACUUGCCACCGUGAGCAAGAAGAAUGGUAAGAUCGUCACCAAGAUAUGGAAACCUUCAGAGAUUGACGCAUUGUUAAAAGAAACUGGUAUUGUCAAGGAGGAAAAUGAGGAAAAUGAGGAAAUCAAUUAA